AUGAGUGAAGUUAAAGUGGUUUUCAUUGAUAUUGACCAAGUACCUGGAAAAGGCCUCCAAAAAGAUGAUGAUAAUAAUAAUAAUAAAUACUACUACAAUGAUAAGAAACAUGAUGGUGAAAGAGUAGAGAUAAUCCUACUUAACCCUGUAUGUUGCCCUGGAUAUUUAACUCUCACAUACAAACCAAACAACCCUGGAGCUAAGAUCAUUGGCAUUACGGAAAGUGGGAUACAUAAGGGUGAAUUUAAUGGCAAUAUCACAGAUUGUAAGAGUGUUACAGUCUAUUAUUGGUCAGGAAAUAGGGACUAUAAGGGUUCCUUAGUUGUUCAACUGAGUGGCGCAAGAGAUUCAUACUACACAAAUUCCGGUGGCGGUCGCUGGGAAGAAGAAGAGAUCAAUUCUGGUGCUUUAUUGACUACUCUAGAUGGAAUAAACUGCCCGCUAAAGAUUCAUCCUGUUGAUAUUUCACAGAAAUCUGGGUCAUCUUACAGUUGUCCUUCCUGCAAUCAACCAAUAACCACUUUAAUUUCUUCACCUAUCGACGAUAAAUACACUAAAGUCACUCAUAGUCCUGAUGGACUAGUUGGAAGAUUGAAGGAUGAUAAGUAUAAUAUUACCAACAUUCCCAUGACAAGGGAAAUAGGUAACAUCUACGUGUACUGGUAUCAUAAGGAUGGAGGAGAGGGUAAAUCAUUCUUAAUUUGUCUACCAUAUCCUAACAUUGAUAAUGAUUAUUCCAGCGGCGAUAUUUGGUACAAGAGAGAAUCUUCUGAUGAUAAUACAUGGACAAAAGUAGAUAAUAGUCCACCAUCUAGUCAUACAGAUUGUAAGAAUAUCCUAAAGCUUCUCCAGAAUAUAUCAGGUGGAGAAGAAGUUGAAUCUGGGACCGGCAACUGUAAAGAGAUUAAAUUUGAAGACAGUGAAGAGGAACGGGAUGAUUCCGCAUCUUCAUCAUCCUUGUCUACUACAAGCCCACAUAGACUUUCCCCUGGAGCCAUAACGGGAAUAUCUAUUGCAGGUAUAGGCACCGUAGGGAGUGCUCUAGGAUACGGUGGAUGGAAGCUGUUUCUAUUUCUCAAAAAUCGACUUUAA